CCCGAAAUAAAACACUGGUGGUGAGCCCAUUUCACUUCCCACCAGCCACCAUUUCCACCCUCUCUCUCUCAUUACACUUCCCACCAGCUACCAUCUCCACUCUCUCUCUCUCUCUCUCUCUAAGCCCUCACUCUUUCUCUCUCUAGACGUUCUCUUCUGCUCUGAAUUCUCUCAGUACCAAAAAAAUUUGCAUCAAUUUACGACAGAUUUUCGAGUUUCUUAACAUUCUGAUCUUUCUUUAGGUUUGAUUCGCUUCUCUUGAUCGGUAAAUUCCCCACAAUGGGAUCUCCCCGGAGAAUCUUCCUCUCUCUCCUCCCUCUUCUAGCGGUGAUGGCGUCGGUGGUGUCCAAAGAUCAGACCGACUGCCAAAUGUGCUCCUCCUGUUCGAACCCCUGCAAUCCAGUUCCGUCGCCACCACCGCCGUCUCCUCCGCCUCCGGCGGUGCCCUCGAAUCCUCCGCCGUCUCCCCCGGCCUCUUCCAACAACUGCCCGCCGCCCCCGUCCCCGCCCGCAUCCGGCGACGGAGGCAGCGGGUACUACUACUCUCCUCCACCACCGUCCUCCGGGUACUACUCGCCGCCGCCGCCCGGCGGGGGCUCCACUGGGGGCUUCUACCCGCCGCCCUACAGCAACUACCCGGGGGGGCCGCCGCCGCCGAACCCCAUCGUCCCAUACUUCCCUUAUUUUUACAAGUACCCUCCGCCGCAGGGGAAUACGAAUGCGGUGGCGCCCCCCGUUCAUCCCGCAAUUUACUCCAUUCCUUCUUGCGCUGCUCUGAUCUUGAUUUUCCUUUGUUGUUUUUGAAAAGCCCCCAAAAAAAUAUAUUGAAAAUAAUGUGGCAGAUUCGCAGAUCUACAAACGCGCAGACGAGAGAAGAUGGAGAGUUUCGAUGUUCAAGGCAAAAUCCAUUAAUGGCAGAGAGGUUGGACCGGAGUGUUCACUUUCUGCAUUUCCCGAAAUGCCCUUCAUUUCCAGACUGGGUAGGCGAGCUGAAGAGGACGAAAAGGUCAUUUCCGUCCCAAAACACAUGCAAUUAUUGACUGAAGUAAUCUCUCUCCUCUUCUCCUCUUCUCUCUCUGUUUGUAAUGCAGGCGAGGGAUCUGUAAAUUUGUGACAAUUUUAGUGUUUUGCUUUAAUUAUAUUUUUUCAAUUUCAUUAUCAUUAAUAUUAAUAGAAGGGAAUAAGGGGAUCACUUUUGUCACUA